AUGACUACAGCACACAGACCCACGUUUGAUCCCGCGCAAGGCAAAGAAGCCCUGCGCGGGCCGGCCUACCACCAGCGUCUGCUACCGGCGUACACGCAGCUCAAGUUCAGACAACCGGGCCAGGGCGGCGAUGCCGACGCCGACGAGCAGCGCGACCUGCGCGCCGAGCUGCUGGCCGCUGAAGCCGCCCACUUUGCAAAGAAGAACGGCACUCCCCUCCCGCCCGUGGGCGACGAUGCCGAGGCUGUCUCGGGUGGCGCGACGGCCAAGAGACCCAUGGCAAUUACUGCGGACGGCGAGGACGAAGACCCGGAAGCAAAAAGGAGGAGGAUAUUGGAAGAAACGAGGGACAUAGACGCCGACUCGGAAGAGGACGACGAUGACGAUGACGAUAGUGAUGAUUCAAGCGACGAUGACAGCGACGACGAAGAGGCGGAGCUGCAGAGGGAGUUGGAGAAGAUCAAGGCAGAACGCGCGGCCAAGAAGCAAAAGGAGGAAGAGGAGCGUGCAGCCAGGGAGGAGGACGAACGGGAGAGGGACAUUGCGCUCGGUAACCCACUCCUGAACAAGCAAAAUUUCACCAUGAAGAGGAGAUGGGACGAUGACGUGGUGUUCAAGAACCAAGCCCGCGGCACCGAUGAGAAGGGGAAGAAGAAGGAGUUUGUCAAUGAUCUCUUGCGAUCUGAUUUCCACAAACGAUUCAUGGAUAAUCCUCUUGACUUCACCCCUACUUCUCACAACACCAGCCUUUUUGUCGAUGAAAUUCUUCUCAUCCGCUGCAAUAACGGUCAGAUAAUACUCGUCCUUGAAUGCAGUAGCCAUCUGCUCAAAGGAUUUGACUUCGAACAAGGCACAGCCAUCGAAAUCAGCGAGCGGCGAAGCGGUACCAGCUUCUGGGCCAAUGGGAGCCGCACCGGCAUUCAGGGACGGCUGGCAAUGAACCUGGUUUUGAUGAGCAAAAGAUCCGACACAAGAUGA